CCCUCCUUUCUUUGUUGUUGUCCUCUUCUUCUCUUUUGGUAAUUCGACAUGGCAUCACGUCUGUUACAAGCAGCCUCCAGGAGAGGCCAGGGAAUGUCUUUGUACCCCCUUGUACCUGGAAUCUUUAAGCGCGGAGAGUCUUCAUUGAGUCAUUCUGUCAAUAACCCAGUACUUCCAACGACUGUACAAGAGUACUCAAAGUCAUCGACAGGUUUGUGUAAGGUGACAACUCUUCCCAAUGGCAUUCGGGUGGCAUCAGAAAACACUCCCGGGCAUUUCAGUGCUGUGGGUGUGUACGUAGAUGCCGGUAGUCGGUAUGAGACUAGUGACACACGUGGCGUCAGUCAUAUUUUGGAUCGCCUGGCCUUCAAGAGUACAGCAAAUAAGUCGGCAGACGAGAUUGUUGGAGAAGUCGAGUCGUUGGGUGGAAACAUUAUGUGCUCCUCAUCUCGCGAGUCAAUUAUGUACCAGUCCGCAAUCUUUUCGCAGGAUCUUGAAAGAGCAAUCUCGCUGUUCUCGGAUGUCAUCUGCAGACCAAACAUCGAUCCUCUUGAGGUUGAGGAACAGAGACAGACUGCGCUUUAUGAGAUUGAGGAGAUUUGGUCCAAGCCAGAGAUGAUCUUACCAGAGAUUCUUCACACAGUAGCCUACGAAAACAACACCCUCGGCAAUCCCUUGUUGUGUCCCCCAGAAAAUCUCGAGAGAAUGACACCCGAGUUGAUCCGGUCUUACAUGAAGACGUGGUAUCGCCCCGAGCGUAUGGUAAUCACUGCAUGCGGCGCAGAGCACGAAAAGGUAGUCGAGUUGGCUGUGAAGCACUUUGGACAGGGUCCCACUGCUUAUGAAAUCGCAACCGAACCUGCCCGCUACACCGGAGGAAGCCACAUGAUGGAUGUACCCGACCUGCCUUUGACUCAUGUCUAUAUUGCCUUUGAGGGCCUGUCGAUCGAUGACAAGGACAUCUAUGCUCUGGCAACACUCCAGAUUCUGUUGGGUGGAGGCGGAUCUUUCUCAGCAGGUGGUCCCGGCAAGGGAAUGUACUCACGUCUGUUUACAAACGUGCUAAACCAGCACUAUUGGGUCGAGUCGUGCCAGGCAUUUAACCACUGCUACACCGACUCUGGUCUGUUUGGCAUUGCUGGAUCGUGCCGCCCCGAAUACACAAAUGCGCUUGUGGAGGUGAUGUGCCGUGAGUUGGACAGCAUUGGUAGAUCUGAUGGAAACAACCAGCGUGUGACAGAUGCCGAGUUAAGCAGAGCCAAGAACCAGCUCAAGAGCUCUCUCCUGAUGAAUCUGGAAAGCCGUAUGGUGCAGUUGGAGGAUUUGGGACGUCAGGUUCAGGUCCACGGCAAGAAGACAGGCAUCGAUGAGAUGUUGGAACGUAUUGAUCGUGUAGAUUUGGAGGAACUGAGACGUGUGGCAAGUCGAGUAGUAAGAGGUGCUGUAGGAGUUACAAGUGGUGGCAGUGGAAAGGCUACAAUUGUUCUUCAGGGAGAUAUGCGUGGCCUAAAGGAUGUAUCAAAGAUGGUAGAGAAAUACGGCCUUGGAAGUUAAAUUACACACAUAUAUACACACACACAUACACACACAUACACACAAACACACGCACACAUCUACACAUCCAUACACACACACUCCCUUAUACAGACAGACAAAGACAAAGAUAAAGACAGACAUAUAUACAUAUACAUAUAUAGAAAAAGAAAAUCCAAUCCAAAAAAAAGAAAAAAAAGACAUUGCAACCA